UAAACAUGAUUCAUCGUACCUGGUAGCGUCCCUCGACAUACAAAAGGCGAUGAAAUCCGGUUCCGGCAUCGGUUCCGCUGCUAUCUUUCUUCCCCGCCACCCCACCAUCAUCGUCUCUUCAGAAAGACACUCCAUCACAUCACACGCAUCAACCUACCACAAUGGCUUCAAGAAACUCAGCUUUCAAUCUUGAAACAUGCGCGCGCCCAAAUAUUCUGAAAUUACAGCCUUACCGCUGCGCAAGAGAUGACUACAAAGAUGACGGAACAAACAUCCUGCUCGACGCCAACGAAAAUGCCUAUGGACCUGGACUUGCCCUGAAUUCUGAGGGUGCACUGCAGGAGUCUGCCGCAACGGGAGCCUCGACUGGUUCCUCCAAGCCAGACAUUGACUUUUUGGGAUUGAAUAGAUACCCGGACCCGCACCAGAUCGAACUCAAGCAGCUUUUCUGCAACCUCCGUAAUACCCACGUUCACACCCAGAAAGACCUGCGACCCGAGAACCUCUUUGCUGGUGUCGGUUCCGAUGAGGCCAUUGAUGCCCUUCUGAGAUGCUUCUGUGUCCCUGGAAAAGACAAGAUCCUCACCUGUCCCCCGACCUACGGCAUGUACGGAGUUAGCGCUCAGGUCAAUGAUAUUGAGAUUGUGAAGGUGCCUCUGGAUGUCAACAAUGGAUUCCAGUUGCAGGUGGAGAAAAUCAACGAAGCACUAUCAGCAGACCCUUCGAUCAAGAUGGCAUACAUUUGCUCGCCCGGAAACCCCACCGCGAACCUGAUCCGAAAGGAGGAUAUCCAAAAGGUCUUGGAGCACCCGACAUGGAACGGCGUCGUCGUGGUGGAUGAGGCUUACAUCGACUUCGCCCCCGAAGGCUCUAGUCUUGCCGAAUGGGUCACCGAAUGGCCCAACCUUGUGGUCAUGCAGACCCUGAGCAAGGCCUUUGGUCUUGCUGGCAUCAGACUUGGUGUUGCCUUCACUAGUCCCCCGAUUGCUCUUCUCUUGAACAGCCUCAAGGCACCCUACAACAUCUCCAGUCCCACUAGCGCCCUUGCCAUGGCCGCUCUCUCUCCCACUAACAUGGCCGUUAUGCGGAGCUACCGCGAGCAGAUCAUUGCUCAGCGCGAUCGCAUGCUGAAGGAACUGCCAACGAUCCCAGGAGUUGGACGCUUCCUUGGCGGAUAUGAGUCAAAUUUCCUUCUUGUUGAGCUCUUGGAUAAGCCCGCCAAUGAGGGCGGAAAGGCCAGCAAUGUCAUUGCACUGGCUACAUACGAAGCCAUGGCAGAGAAGCGAGGGGUUGUGGUGCGAUUCCGGGGCAAGGAACUAGGCUGCGAGGGAUGCAUUCGUAUCACCGUCGGAACGGAGAAGGAAGUCACUAGGUUCCUGCAGGAGUUGCGGGUAGUACUGAGUGGUCUCCACGCCGGUGUGGAUAUCGAAUCGUCGAGGGAAGAGAUUGCAAAGGAGGUCAAGGCGAACCAGGUUGUCGCCUAGAUUAGACUAUAGGUUUGUACUGUUUUUGAAUAUAGACCAUCUAUCUAUACCGUUUAGAGAUACUGCUUCCAGGCCUGUUUUCCUAGCUAUCAAGCUUGAUUGUGUUCCUAGAUCCGUGAUGAAUCACAUGCAAAGCGCAUUAUGAUUAGCUGUACACUGCUGAUUGGCCUGAUAAUGGCCAAAAAUGGUGAUAAAAAAGUGUACCUACAGCCACAACCAGAAGUUGAUGCAGGGCGCGCUGCUUUCAGACGCCUCUUUGUACCUGA